CCCGGGGGCAGACUAGGAGGUGGAGGAGAGCCGGUGGCCGAGAACCAUGCGCUCCCGGAGUGCCGCGGCGAACUGUGUAACAAUUUUUCGAGUAUUCCAUGGUACUCUACUCAGUCCUUUUUGCUGGGCAGCUCCUGUUUAAUCCUGUCUACCAACUACCAGCAGAACAUGGGGGAGAAUGAAGAUGAGAAACAGAGCCAGGCUGGCCAGAUUUUUGAGAACUUUGUCCAAGCGUCCACAUGUAAAGGCACCCUGCAGGCCUUCAACAUCCUCAUUCGGCACCUGCAGCUGGACCCUUCAGACCACAGAAACUUCUAUUCCAAGCUGAAGUCUAAGGUGACGACCUGGAAGGCCAAGGCCCUUUGGAAUAAACUAGAUAAGCGAGGAACCCACAAAGAGUACAAGCGAGGCAAGGCCUGCAUGAACACCAGGUGUCUGGUGGUUGGAGGAGGACCCUGCGGCUUGCGGACUGCUAUCGAACUUGCCUACCUGGGAGCCAAAGUAGUCGUGGUGGAGAAGAGAGAUACUUUCUCCAGGAACAACGUGCUGCACCUGUGGCCAUUCACCAUUCAUGACCUGCGGGGUCUGGGUGCCAAAAAGUUCUACGGGAAGUUCUGUGCCGGCUCCAUCGACCACAUCAGUAUUCGACAGCUUCAGCUCAUCUUGUUCAAGGUAGCACUGAUGUUGGGAGUGGAAAUCCACGUGAACGUAGAGUUCGUCAAGGUCCUCGAGCCUCCUGAAGAUCAGGAAAACCAAAAAAUAGGCUGGAGAGCAGAAAUUCUACCUGCAGAUCACCCACUAUCUGAUUUUGAGUUUGAUGUUAUCAUUGGUGCUGAUGGCCGCAGGAACACUCUAGAAGGUUUCAGAAGGAAAGAAUUCCGUGGGAAGCUGGCUAUUGCAAUCACUGCCAACUUCAUAAACAGAAACACCACGGCCGAGGCCAAGGUAGAAGAGAUCAGUGGGGUGGCUUUCAUCUUCAAUCAGAAGUUCUUUCAGGAUCUUAAAGAAGAAACAGGAAUCGACCUGGAGAACAUCGUCUACUAUAAGGACAGCACUCACUACUUUGUCAUGACGGCAAAGAAACAGAGCCUCCUGGACAAGGGGGUCAUUGUGAAUGAUUAUGUUGACACGGAGCUCCUGCUUGGUUCAGAGAAUGUAAACCAAGACUGUCUGCUGUCCUAUGCGAGGGAAGCGGCCGACUUUGCUACCAAUUACCAGCUGCCUUCCCUGGACUUUGCCAUGAACCACUAUGGCCAGCCUGAUGUGGCCAUGUUUGACUUUACUUCCAUGUAUGCUUCUGAGAAUGCGGCCCUAAUCCGGGAGAGACAGUCCCAUCAGCUCCUCGUAGCAUUGGUUGGAGACAGCUUAUUAGAGCCUUUUUGGCCCAUGGGCACAGGUUGUGCUCGGGGUUUCUUGGCAGCCUUUGAUACAGCAUGGAUGGUGAAGAAUUGGGAGCAGGGAAUCCCACCCCUCGAGAUCUUGGCUGAGCGGGAGAGUCUUUACAGACUGUUGCCUCAGACAACACCCGAAAACAUCAGUAAGAACUUUGAACAGUAUACCCUUGACCCUGGCACUCGGUACCCAAACUUGAAUUCGAACUGUGUCCGGCCCCAUCAGGUAAAGCAUUUAUAUAUUACUACGGAGCUGCAUCAUUUGCCUCUUGAGAGAUUUGGUUCCAUUAGAAGAUCAGUCAGUCUUUCCCGGAGGGAAUCCGACAUCCGGCCCAACAAGCUUUUAACAUGGUGUCAGAAGCAGACCGAAGGCUACCAGCAUGUCAGUGUCACUGAUCUGACCACCUCCUGGAGAAGUGGGCUAGCCUUAUGUGCCCUUAUUCACCGCUUCAGACCAGAACUCAUCAACUUUGACUCUUUGAAUGAAGAAGAUGCCAUCGAGAACAACCAGCUGGCAUUUGACAUUGCAGAGCGGGAGUUUGGAAUCCCCCCUAUGACUACAGGCAAAGAGAUGGCAUCCUCCCAGGAGCCAGAUAAGCUCAGUCUGGUCAUGUACCUUUCCAAAUUCUAUGAAUUGUUUCGAGGAACACCUCUCAGAGCUGUCGAUUCUUUGGGUAAAAACUAUGGAGAAAAUGGCGACCUUAGCUUAGCGAAGUCAUCUAUUUUUAAUAAUUAUCUCAACCUAACCUUCCCCAGGAAGCGGACACCCCGGGUGGAGAACCUCACAGAAGAAAAUGAUAUGAAUAAGCGAAGAAGAAAAGGCUUAGACAAUUUGGAAGAGCCUUCAAGUUUUUCUAACCGCAGCAUUGGCUCAUCUCGGGACUAUGGCAUCAGCAGGGAAGGCAUGAAUCAAAAUAAAGUUAAGUCCAUGGCCAACCAGCUGCUGGCCAAAUUUGAAGAGAAUGCUCGGAAUCCAUCUUUUCUGAGACAGGAGCAAGUUCUUUCCAACCUAGGUAAGCCAGUCCUCCACUCUUCUGGUGGCCCUCCUGUAAACUCUCACUUUGCUAAGCCAGAGGACCCCACAUCCAGCCCAUCACCUCCUCUCAAAAGGCAGUUUCAGGCCCUAGCUAAGACUGAGCAGGUGCUCAGGGAGGCAAAGCAAGCUUCUGCUAGUGACUGCCUGACCAGGCCUUCAAGAGCCCGAGCCAAGUCCGACCUUCAGCACUCCCAGGCAGGAAGCAUGGCUCCUCUUCCAUCUGCCUACCCCGGGGCAUUCGCUCUUGUUGGGGCACUGAGGCGCCUACAGAACGUGGAGGAAAAGAUUCACCAGAAGAGGGCUCAAAACUUAGCCAACAGGGAGUUUCACAAAAAGAAUAUUAAAGAGAAAGCUGCUCACCUUGCCUCCAUGUUUGCAAGUGAGGAUUUCCCCCAGAACAAACUACUCACCAAAGGCCUUUCCCACCCUCCUCCUCUUCCUUCCUCUUGCCUUUCAUCUCGUGACUCAACUGAUACUUCCUUUUCCUCAUCUGUUGACUCUUCUUCCUCUGACCGAAAGUCCUUUGUGCCAGGAGCUCCUGGAAAGCCUAACCCUGCUCCAAAGAAGGCAUAUAAGCAAAAGUUAUUUCAGCCAGACCCAGGCCAGUUUUUCUCCCUCUUUCUCCUGUGUCCACAGGGAUCUUUAAAGAAAGAAUUCCCCCAGAACCUUGGAGGCAGUGACAUCUGCUAUUUCUGUAAGAGGCGUGUGUAUGUGAUGGAGCGCCUGAGCGCCGAGGGCCACUUCUUUCACAGGGAAUGCUUCAGAUGUGAGGUCUGCUCCACCACACUUCGCCUGGCUGCCUAUGCCUUUGAUAUAGAUGAAGGGAAAUUUUACUGCAAAGCCCAUUUCAUUCACUGCAGAACCAAUAGUAAGCAAAGGAAGAGACGAGCGGAACUGAAGAGACAAGAAGAGGAGGAAGCAAAGGAGAAACAGCAAGAAGUCAAGUGGUCAGACCCUUCCCCUGAAAUUCUCGGUCCUGCUGUCAACAGCCGAGAAGCCAGCCCUCCAGAUGAGCCAACUUCCCCUAAAAAGCCAAAGAGCAUCCCUGGACCCUGUGAUGCGGAUGGCCAGAGGGGUCUGUUCCCUGCAGAAUGGACCUCUGUGAAAAUCGGCCCCAAGGGAGAAGGGAAUGAAGAUGACGUCCUGGCCAUUUGUGUCAUGGUCACCAGUGAUGGCAGCAGCUCUGAGACAGAAUCGGAUUCUGGGGAUAAUUCCUCCCAAAUGCAGUUUAGGGACGAGAAGACGUUAAGGUCUCAACAGCUGCCCUGCCCGAAGCCCUUCCGACGGCAAGUUUCCCUGACCCCUCCCCAGAACAGGAGGCCAGGCACUGGGUGCCCUGAAGAGUCAAAGGUGGCAAAUGCUCUGCAACGGGCCCAUAGCUUCCAACAUCCGACUUCGAACAAAUACCAAAACGGGAGGAGAAAAUUCCAAUCUAGAAGUAGGACAGAAGAGAACCAGCUGAAAUCCAAUGAGGGGAGAAAACAAUGCUUAAAGAAACUGGCCCUCACUCAAGAACAAAAGUCUCAGUUGCUGGACUGGAAUGAUGCCAAUGCAGAGAAUCGAAGCUUGGGCACUGGAGAACUGAUGCAUGCAGGCAAUGAAAGAGGUGAAACAUCAAAGUUGGCUAACCUCUCAUCAUUUCCUGGACCAGCCAAGGAGGCCUGGUCAGACCAGAGAGAGACUCCACAGGAAUCCUGCGGCCCGACGCUGCGGGCUACAAGGGAGGUGGCAGUACAUAGACCCAAGUCCCCUCUUCGACUGAUAGCAAAUGCCAUCAGGAAGUCCUUGGAGCCCCUCCUCUCUAAUCCAGAAAGUGGAAAGAAGAACAGUGACUCCAGACCAAAGACCCUUACGGAGAAUUUGUCCCUGAAUAGUCCCCAGCCUUGUGCUCACUCCCCAAACUUAAAGAAAACCAAUUGCAGUAAAGACUGUGAUGUGCAGAAGCUCACCCCCAGCUCCUUAUUAGUACCUGGAAAUGAGAGAGGGACCGUAGACUCAGCCAUUUCAUUACACGUUGCCCCAAAGGCACAACCGGUGACAAGGGGCCUUUCAGAUAGAGUUGCCCGAGCUCGCAGUUUGCCCAGUAGGCAAAAGAGGCCCAUGACCCUACCCUCUGCCACUGGAGAAGAUGGCCCCAUGCUCCUGGACAAAGUUAGUCUGAAAGAGGUACUGCUGGGAAAGCCUUUGGACCAGUGCAAAGCACUGACAAAGAAGGGCAGUCUCUUUUCUUCUUUUAGACUCAAAGAAAAAACUUAUGAGAGUCUGGGGUCAACGAGAACAAGGAAGGAUCUUGGCAGUAUUUUUAGUAACCCAGGAGCCCUAGACAGCUGUUACACUCCAAAGAAACCACCAGAACCCUUGAAUAAGUCUUCCUCAGGCCAAACGGACAUUCUUCUCCCUGGAGAAAACUUAAGCUCCAAGCACCUACCUGUCAGAGCACAGAUGACUGAAUGUUAUUCCUCCUUCUCCUCUUCUGACACCACCUCCUCUUCAGAUGGUGAAUUUGAACCCCAACCUUCCCUACCACCAAAGGAGAGACGAACACUUAAAAAAAUAAGGAAGAUGGAGAAGGCUUCCAAACAGUUGGCUAAGCAAGAAGAAUUCAAAAGGCUUUACAAGGCCCAGGCUAUCCAACGCCAGUUGGAAGAAGUGGAAGAACGUCAGAGAGCCUCAGAGAUCCAAGGAGUUGAGCUGGAAAAGGCUCUGAGAGGAGAGUCAGAUUCAGGCGCACAGGAUGAGGCACGGCUCCUGCAUGAAUGGUUUAAGCUGGUCCUGGAGAAGAAUAAAUUAAUGCGAUAUGAAUCUGAGCUCUUGAUCAUGGCUCAAGAAUUAGAAUUAGAAGACCACCAAAGCAGAUUGGAGCAGAAACUAAGAGAAAAAAUGUGUAUGGAAGAGAGCGAAAAAGAUGACAGUGUUCGGAAUGAGGAACAGGAGAUUUUCACCAAAAUGAUGAGAGUGAUUGAGCAGAGAGACAGACUAGUAGAUUCCUUAGAGAAGCAGAGAGUGAAAGAAAAAGCUGAAGAUCAACACUUUGAAAAUUUUAUGUUAUCUCGAGCUUAUCAACUCAGCAGAUCUUGA